AAUAUUUGACCCAGUCAAGUAGACGCAUGCAAUUAAGCACCAUAGCAACAAGGAGCAUCUAUUGCAUAGAGCAUGCAACACAAUGCUAAUCAGGAUUUCUGAGUUAACUUAAGGGUGCAGCCAAGGAGGAGAACCAUUGGGUCGAUCGCUUCGGGCCCAAGCUCAGAAUUCCGAGUGCCACCCACACACUAGCCCACUGCCUGCCCAGCCCUGGAGAGCCUGGCCGGCAGGUGCCACCUGUUGGGGGCUGCCUCCUGGGAGGACCCCGCACCCCCCAGUGACCUUCACAUGGGGUAGGGAGACGCCGAAGUCCUCGCCUCUCCUGGACAGAGAGCCAGCGUAUCCUGGAAGACCCUGAACAACAACAACAGUAACAGCAGCGGCAGCCACCGUUUACGGUCACCGGCCCCUUAUUCCCGAGGCGGAGACCCGGCAGAGGCUGCUGCGCACCGUCAAGAAGGAGGUGAAGCAGAUCAUGGAAGAAGCCGUCACACGCAAGUUUGUCCACGAAGACAGCAGCCACAUCAUCUCCUUCUGUGCGGCCGUGGAGGCCUGCGUCCUGCACGGGCUGCGGCGGCGGGCGGCCGGCUUCCUGCGGAGCAAUAAGAUCGCGGCUCUGUUCAUGAAAGUGGGCAAGAGCUUCCCGCCCGCGGAGGGUCUGAGCCACAAGGUGCAGGACCUGGAGCAGCUGAUCGAGAGCACCCGAAACCAGAUCCAGGGCCUCCAGGAGAAUGUGCGGAAGCUGCCGAAGCUACCCAACCUGUCCCCACUCGCCAUCAAGCACCUGUGGAUCCGCACGGCCUUGUUUGAGAAGGUCCUGGACAAGAUUGUGCAUUACCUCGUGGAAAACAGCAGUAAAUACUACGAGAAGGAAGCUCUCUUGAUGGACCCUGUGGAUGGCCCAAUCCUGGCGUCUUUGUUGGUGGGGCCCUGUGCCCUGGAGUACACCAAGAUGAAGACUGCAGAUCACUUCUGGACCGACCCCUCGGCGGACGAGCUGGUGCAGAGGCACCGCAUCCACAGCUCGCGCCUGCGGCAUGACUCGCCCACCAAGCGGCCGGCCCUCUGCAUCCAGAAGAGGCAUUCGAGUGGCAGCAUGGACGACCGGCCAUCCCUCUCCGCCCGUGACUACGUGGAGUCCCUGCACCAGAACUCCCGUGCCACCCUGCUCUACGGCAAGAACAACGUUCUGGUUCAGCCGCGGGACGACAUGGAGGCUGUGCCGGGCUACCUGUCCCUGCACCAGACGGCUGACGUCAUGACCUUGAAGUGGACGCCCAACCAGCUGAUGAACGGGUCCGUAGGAGACCUGGACUACGAGAAGAGCGUCUACUGGGACUAUGCCAUGACCAUCCGCUUGGAAGAGAUUGUCUACCUGCACUGCCACCAGCAAGUGGACAGCGGCGGGACGGUGGUGCUGGUCAGCCAGGACGGGAUCCAGAGGCCGCCCCUCCGCUUCCCCAAGGGCGGGCACCUCCUGCAGUUCCUCUCGUGCCUGGAGAACGGGCUGCUCCCGCACGGGCAGCUGGACCCACCGCUGUGGUCCCAGCGGGGCAAGGGCAAAGUGUUUCCUAAACUGCGCAAGCGGAGCCCCCAGGGCUCCUCCGAGUCCACGUCUUCGGACAAGGAAGACGACGAGGCCACGGAUUACGUGUUCAGGAUCAUCUACCCGGGCAUGCAGUCUGAGUUCGUCCCCCAGGAUCUGAUGGAUGUCUCUGUGAGCAACCUCCCAUCCCUAUGGCAACCCAGCCCCCGGAAAUCCUCCUGCUCAUCCUGUUCGCAGAGCGGCUCGGCCGAUGGCAGCUCAAGCAAUGGCUGCAACCACGAGAGGGCUCCCCUGAAACUUCUCUGUGACAACAUGAAGUACCAGAUCCUUUCCAGAGCCUUCUAUGGAUGGCUUGCCUACUGCAGACACCUGUCCACCGUGAGGACCCACCUGUCAGCCCUGGUCAAUCACAUGAUCGUGUCUCCGGACCUGCCCUGUGAUGCUGGACAGGGGCUGACGGCCAGGAUCUGGGAGCAGUACCUUCAGGACAGCACAAGCUACGAGGAGCAGGAGCUGCUGCGUCUGAUCUACUACGGGGGCAUCCAGCCCGACAUCCGCAAGGCCGUGUGGCCCUUCCUCCUGGGCCACUACCAGUUCGGGAUGACGGAAACAGAGAGGAAGGAGGUGGACGAGCAGAUUCACGCCUGCUACGCACAGACCAUGGCCGAGUGGCUGGGCUGCGAGGCGAUCGUGCGGCAGAGGGAGCGCGAGUCCCACGCUGCGGCCCUGGCCAAAUGCUCCUCCGGGGCCAGCCUGGACAGCCACCUGCACCGGAUGAUGCACAGGGACUCCACCAUCAGCAACGAGUCCUCCCAGAGCUGCAGCUCCGGCCACCAGAACAUCCGCCUGCACAGCGACUCCAGCAGCAGCACACAGGUGUUCGAGUCUGUGGAUGAAGUGGAGCAGGUGGAGGCCGAGGGCAGGUCGGAAGAGAAACAGCCCAAGGUGCCCAACGGGAACCUGGCGAACGGCACGUGCUCCCCGGACUCUGGGCACCCCUCGUCCCAUAACUUCUCCUCGGGCCUCUCGGAGCACUCGGAGCCCAGUCUGAGCACGGAGGACAGCGUCCUGGACGCCCAGCGGAGCGUCCCCCCCGCGCCGCCGCCUAGGGACAGCAGCGUGGACGACAGGCAGAGCAGCGAGGCCGCCACCUCCCAGGACGAGGCGGCCCGUGAGGAGCUGGCCGUGCAGGACAGCCUGGAGAGUGACCUCCUGGCCAACGAGAGCAUGGACGAGUUCAUGUCCGUGCCCGGCAGCAUGGAUGGGGCCCUGCCCGAGAAGGACGAUGCCACCACGCAGGGCUGGCGUGGCCGCGAGGCGGGGAGACGUGGCCAGGUGGACAGCGAGGACAACCUCUGCGAGGAGCCCGAGAUGGAAAGUCUCUUCCCGGCCCUGGCUUCCCUGGCCGUGACCACUCCCGCCAACAGCGAGGUGUCCCCUGUGUCCUCCAGCGGCGUCACCUACUCUCCAGAGCUGCUCGACCUAUACACGGUGAAUCUGCAUCGCAUCGACAAGGACGUGCAGAGGUGCGACCGCAACUACUGGUACUUCACACCGGCCAACCUGGAGAAGCUGCGUAACGUCAUGUGCAGCUACAUCUGGCAGCACAUUGAGAUCGGCUACGUCCAGGGCAUGUGUGACCUCCUGGCCCCACUGCUGGUCAUCCUGGAUGAUGAGGCCCUUGCUUUCAGCUGCUUCACCGAGCUCAUGAAGAGGAUGAACCAGAACUUCCCCCACGGAGGCGCCAUGGACACGCACUUCGCCAACAUGAGGUCGCUGAUCCAGAUCCUGGACUCGGAGCUGUUCGAGCUGAUGCAUCAGAACGGGGACUACACGCACUUCUACUUCUGCUACCGUUGGUUCCUGCUGGAUUUCAAGCGAGAACUCGUUUAUGAUGAUGUCUUCUCCGUCUGGGAGACCAUCUGGGCCGCCAAACACGUCUCCUCCGCCCACUACGUCCUGUUCAUCGCGCUGGCUCUGGUGGAAGUCUACCGCGACAUCAUUUUGGAGAACAACAUGGAUUUCACAGACAUCAUCAAAUUCUUCAACGAAAUGGCCGAGCGACACAACACCAAGCAAGUCCUGAAGCUGGCCCGGGACCUGGUGUACAAGGUGCAGACGCUGAUCGAGAACAAGUGACGGGCACCUGGCCCAGGCGGCGUCGGCGAGCCACCCCCUGCCUGUCCUCCUGCCCGCUUCUCUUCCCGGCCGGAGGGCCGCCCAGGACCGGGGUCCCGUGUCUGCUCGAGAGCUUGGAUUUCUGCGCGCAGAGCAACUGUCCCGACUUUGGCCGCGGGGCGGGUGGGAUGGAGGGGCGCCCCUUCAGUCCAGCCUUACGUUCUCCUGUUUGACCAAAGAUCGCCCACCCGUGUCUGGCCUUUCCCCCUGGCGGGAGCUGGCAGUUGCCAUUAGUUGGAAGAACCAUCUUCGUUCCUGGUCUCCGGGGUGGUCUCCUCUUCCUUCUCGAUCCUUCCAAACUGUCUCGUCAGAUGAGACUUUGGGAGGGAUUUUCUUUCUUUCUUUCUUUUUUUUUUUUUUUUGGAAAUUGGUGUAGAAGAGGUUAGGGGGCCACCUCUGUGCGCUGAAAAGGCCUUUGGAGAAGUUCUAGAACACGCUGGAGGGUUGGCUCAGAGCAGGGUCUCUGCCCCUCAGCAGCAGUGACAUUUGGGGCCGGGCGAUUCUUUCCCAGGGGACUGUCCCGUGCGCUCUAGGCUGUUGAGCGGCAUCCCGGGCCUCCACCCGCAUGAUGCCAGUAGCGCCAUCCCUGUCCCCAUCCCUGGUUGUGACAAAAAACAAAUGUCUCCAGACAUUGCCAGAUGUCCCCUGCAGGGCACAGUGCCCCCAUUUGAGAACCCCUGGCCUGGUGGAGGGCCACAAUGUGCCUCCCUCCCUGCUGUCUUUGUACUACACCCCCUCCGGUCCCCCUCCCCGUGUCCUGAGACCUCCCCCGUUAGCAAACGCACACAGGGGUCCUUCCCAGUCUCCCUUGGGGGCCAGGAUUCCUUUUGUUGUGUUUUCUCCUUUGUUCUCUUUGUCUGAUGCUAGGAGAUACUUCCUCUCUUCUUUUCAAGAAAUGCAUCUUCCUAUGCCGGUGAGGGAACCAGAGAAGUGUCUGCCAGGCAUGGGCUAGUCCGAGGCUCAUUGGGGUCCUGCCCAAGGAGGGCAGGACAGAGCCCGUGCCCUGCUGCCUUCUCCCAAGGGAGGACCUCGCCUCUUCUUCCACAUAUGGGGUCUUGGACAGGUGUAGGUUUGGCAAAAGCCCCUUGAUCAGGGAGGCCGGCUUUUCUCUGAGCACCUUUGCUUACUCAGGACAAAGGAGGAGGCGGAGGAGGUCGGCCAGGGUAGAGGCUGGUGGAGAGGGGAGGAGACAGGGAAAGCAGCAAGUUGAAGUGUUUGCAGGGGGGCAGGGGCACGCUAGUCCUCCCACCCCGAACAAGCCAGAAGGCAGAAAGGGACACCGUCAACACUCUGGCUGCCAUUAGGGUUGGGUGGCCCCCACCCUGGCCCCCCAGCUUCCCAAGAUGGGAAGAGACAUGCAGGAUAAAA